CAAGUGCCGCUCCGACAAGUGGGAGUGAAACAACUGCCACCCUGACAAGCACUACUCCAACAAGUGCCACCCCGACAAACGGGAGUGUGACAAGCGCUGUCCAGACAAGUGGCGCCACACCAACUGCAAUGCCAGGCACUACUCUGACGGUAAUGACAAGUACCACCCUCGAGCCAAUAAAAUGUCAGAAUGGAGGACAUUUUGAUGGGAGCAAGUGUAUAUGUCCCAGUGGAUUUAAUGGAGACCGUUGUGAAUUUGUUCAGAGCAAUAUUGACCCAGUUUCCAUCAACAGAACAGUGAAAGUUGAUGUGGUUAUCAAUGACGAAUACAAACCACAGUAUGAAUCUGCCUCAUCGCCUGAGUACAAGGAAUUUGCGAAAAACUUCAGUGAGCGGAUGGAGAGAUAUUACCUUGCACAAAACAUAGCCAACUUUAAAGCAGUGGUGGUUCUAAGUAUCAGGCUGGCAGCCUCACAGAAAAAAUACCCAGAAGGCACUGUGAGUGAACAAACACCUGUUCAAUUGUGCAUUGAUUACAAAAUAUUACAUAAUCUGACACAAACACUGAUAAUUUUGGAACUUUAUCAUUAUUCUAGGUGAAGUUAUCAGUCAACGCCUUUGAUGCUCGCAGUACUACAAAAACAUCACAAGGGUGAGA